AUGAGCGCCUCCGCGGUGCUCGGCGACGCCGCGCUCCUCGCGCGCGCGUCGCCGCUCUCCUCGCGCGCGGCUCGCGGCAAAAAAAUCAAGAUGCCGUCGCGGCAACGUCUCGCGGGACGAUCUCGAUCUCUCUCGCGCGCGCGCUCCGUCCUCCCUCGCGCGGCCGUCGCGAACAACGUCGUGCGCCUCACGUUCGAGCUCGAGGGCGGCAACCCCAACGCGCGCGUCGUCGGGCAGCACCCCGCGCUCGGCGCCUGGAACGUCGACGGCGGCGUCAAGCACGGCGACGUGAUCACCAUCGAGGCCGCCGCCGCGCGAAGCCUCGAGUACAAGUGGCACGACGGCACGCGAUGGGAGAACGGCGAGAACCGGAAGCUCGUGUUGCCGUCCACGGGCGACGCGUCGUCGCUCAUGGCGCUCGCGGUGAGGGACGCGGGGGUGUCGUUCGUGGAGCCGCCGACCGUCGUACGACCGCCCGCGCCUCAGCAGCAGCAGCAGCAGCAGCAGCGUCAACAACAUCAACAACACAAUCAACAGCGCCCGCAACACCACCAGUCGCAGCCGCAACAGCGGCAGCCGAGGAAGUGGGAGCCGUCGUCCGCGCGAGAGGCGCCGAGGCACCUCGCGAACACGAUGGACCGCUCGCACAGCAACGGCGACGGCCCGCCCGCGUGGUACUCCAACGCCGUCGUGUACGCGAUCCAGACGCUCGGGUUUUGCGACUGCGAGGGCCCGCCAUCGAACUUCGCGCCGGGCGAUCGCCUCGAGAGGCUCAUCGACGACGGGUGGCUCGAGCACGUCGCGAGGCUCGGGUGCACGGUGCUGUACCUCGGCCCGCUGAUGAAGACGUCGAACGAGCUCGGGCACGGGUACGACACCGCGGAUUACUUCGACGUGGACCCUAGGCUCGGGUCCGUCGCGACGCUGCGACGCGUCGUCGACGCCGCGCACUUUCUGGGCAUCCGCGUGAUCCUCGACGGCGUGUUCAACCACACCGGACGCGAUCACUUCGCGGCGCAGGAUGUCUAUCGCAACGGCCGCGCGUCGCAGUACUGGGACUGGUACUACGCGAGGGAGGGACCGAACGGGAUCGAGCUCGAGGGCUGGGAAGGGCACGCGGGGCUGCCGCGGUUGAAUCACUCCAACCCGGGAGUGCGAGAGCACCUGUUCGAAGCCGGGAAGUUCUGGCUGUCCGAGCGCGGCGUGAACAUCGACGGUUGGCGCCUGGACGUCGCGCACGAGGUGCCGCCGGAGUUCUGGAGAGACUUCGCGCGCGCGUGCCUCGGCGUGAAGCCCGAUUGCGUCCUCCUCGGAGAGCUCAUGCACGGAGACUACAACGCGCACGUCGCGCCCGGGGUGUUACACAGCGGCACCAACUACCAGCUCUCGAAGGCGCUGUGGUCCGCGCUGAACGACGCCAACUACUGGGAGCUCGCGCACUCGUACGAGCGCGACGCGUCGAUGUACGGGAACCUCACGCUGCUCAACUUUCUCGGGAACCACGACCAGGCGCGUUCUAUACACUGGUUCCCAUACGACCGCGUUGGCGUGAUGCGCAUCCACUCGCGGCUCGCCAACCCCGAGGCGCACUACUCCCUCGCGGCGGCGUCGCUCAUCCUAGGCCGCGGCGUCCCGUGCUUGUACUACGGCGACGAGGUCGGCGAGCGCGGUGCUCCCGGAGGACCGAACGGCGACCUCGCGAUGCGCAUGCCGAUCAACUUAUCCCGCGCGCUCGCGGACGGCGACGGGUUGGGCACGGCUAAGCAAACCGCCGAGCUCGUGCGUCUGCGUCGCUCGCACACCGCGCUGGCGGACGGCGCGGGGCAACAGAUCCCGCUCGCGCACACGAACACGACGAUGGCGUUCGCGCGCGUCUCCUCCGACGGCUCCGACGUCGCGGUCGUGUGCUUCAACUGCUCGGGCGUCCCGGAGAGGAUGACGCUGCCGAUCUCGCAAAAGGUGCAGUCGUGCGGGGACGGGUGCGGGUUCGUCGAGCCGCUGAACGGGGGGGCGGGGAUCGGCGUCGCCGGCGGGGAGCUUCACGUCGAGCUCGCGCCGAACAGCUUCCGCGUGUUCGUGCGCUCGUAGGGAGGGGUGGUUGGCGUAGAGAGGAGAAGACCGAUGAGGUCUGGCGACGCCGUCGCCGAACUUAAUUACAUUUUUUACCUGCAGCUUAAGGUUACUUGAGAAAUUCUCGUC